AUGUUGUUCCACUUAGGACUGGAGAAGAUGAUAAGAACAUCGCUUGAAAAUGGAGGAGUGCAUGCCGGAAUGAAACAUAAAAUCCUUGGAUGCGCAGAUGAUAUAGAUUGGAAGCAACCAAGAAGACACGAAGAAAUAAAAACACUGAAAAAUCUCACCAAUAUUGGAAAAGAUAAUAGGAAGAGUACAAACUGGUCCGAAGAAAGACAAGAAAUGCAAUCGAAAAUCAUGAAACUGCGAUGGGAAGAAAGAAAAUCAAGACUCCAAAGAGGGUUAACCAAUGAUAUUCAGGUGCAAUAUACGGGGUCCAGGAGUGCUAUGUAUGCCGUCCAGACGGAGAACGGUCGCCCGAACUGGAGAAGCAGUUCCCCAACGCAGAACUACCGAUCUGUGGUACCAAACCACCAGAAAGGAAAGUCUGUCCAAUAGGUUCUAAGGGAUGUUUGACCCAGUACGAAGGGGAUAGAGUUACCAAAAGCUGUUCUGAGCUAUUUGUAAACGAUUGCAGUCAAGCGAACAGAGUGAAAUAUUGUUACUGCGGAGGAACAUUAUGUAACAAAGAAGAAAAAACAAUCACAAUAACUCCCGAAACAGAUGAUGAAGACUUGUCUGAAGGAAGCGGAGAUGGCACAACUACAACAGUGACAACACAAUCAACUACUACAAUAAGUACAACAACUAAACCCACAAUGAAAACUCACAAAGCAUCAACUUCUUCAUCUCUCAAAACUCCGUGGUUUACCGUUAUUAUGAUGAUAUACAUUUUCCAUUUUCUAAAUUAAAAAGGGCUGAGUAUCAUAGCAGUAACAAAGACCCAACAGCAUAAAACUUAUUAUUCAUUUAUUUUAUUUAUUUAUUUAUAUAUUUGUUUAAAUGCAACGAAUUCGAAUGGUAACACUGAUCCUGGUUGAAAUUAUUACAUUAAUUAAUCCAUAGCUAAACUGUUACUUGAUACUUUCUCUGCUUAGUAUUUAAUAGUGUGCGUUACAAUGGAAUAACUAGUAGAAAUAUUAAUGAAGAAAAAACAAUAAAAUAAAGUAAAGUUAUUAUCAGGAAAAAUAUCAAAUUUGGAUAGAAUUUCGAAAAGUGAAUAGAUUCUUAAAAGAACUGAACUCUGACUGAAUGUAAUUAAUAAAUAAAAUAUUAAGUAUUAAUUUAAAAUAAACUAUUGAAAGAAAUGAGGAUUUUUGAGCACUCCAACAAAAUUAUUACAGGAAACAAUGAACUAGAAUUACGAAGUAAAAAACUUAAAAAGCUCAAUUGGUAAGGUAUAUUUCUUAAAUAUCAAUUUACCCAAGCAUAUUAAUGAGUUGUUACAAUUUAACAAUUAGAUACUUGAAAACUGCUUUGCUAAAGUUUAAAAAUAAAAUGAAGUAUUUAAUUGUAAAUAACAUUCCGAUCUCAUUAGUAUUAAACAUUUUAUAUUUUAUUAUAAAUUUAAUUUGGUUGUUACAUAUUUCAUAGUUCAUUUUGAAUAAAUGUUACCUUCUGUUAAAAAAAUAUAUCAAAAUGUGACAUCAAAACAUUGCAGAAAAAAAUUAAAUAUUGCUCCAGUUUUUUGUUUCUUGAAAUCUUUCUUAAUGAUGGUUAUGUUCCUUUAUUAUAUUAUUUAUUAUUAUUCGUAAAUCUAUUUAUUUUAUUACUUUAGAUAGUUUUAGUGGCCUACUGAUGUUUUUAUAGAUUAGUUAAAUAAUUUAACAUAUUAUAUUACUGUAUGUCAAAAUAUUUAUGUAUUAUAUUAUUUUAUACAAAAUCAACCUUUAGAAAUUAAGUUUUUUAAACUGUCUUCAGUUUCAUUAAUUAAUAAGUUAUAGUUAAUCAAAAUUCAUACAAAUAUGGAUUUAACAUUACAAAUAUCGAUAACAUUAUUUGAAAUAGUAAGGGUUAAUUUUAACUAAUAUUACUUAUUUUUAUUAUAAAGUUGGAUAAUGAAGCCUAUCCAAUGAUACUUGUCUGAUUCUUAGUGCCCAAUACGUGAUUAAAAAAAAAAAGUUGUAUAAAUUAAAUAUGUAUUUUCCAGGAUUUUACAUUCGAGGGGGCCAAUAAUUUCACAAUCAUAAUUUUUCUUAUCAGUUUGACUUCAAGAAGGAGUCAGCUUGAAUACUACUCAAAAGGGGUUAAAUCUUUUUUGAAAUGAUUAAUUCAUUUGUAUUUUAUGUAAAAAAAUAUUAAAUUCUUAAGUUAAUUUUGGUAUGAAAAUAUUUUAGAGUAGUGAUGAGGCCCCUUAAGCUCCCGAAAGGCACUGGUUACAUUCUCAAUGAAAUUAUUAAAUAAAUUACAAUUAAUAAUUUCAGAAUAUUUUUCUUUCACUUCUGUUUAGUAAGACAAAACAAAUAGGCCAAUAACAUAUCAAAACGAAGAACUCUUCAUGACAUUGUCAAGCAACACUAAUAUAAUAAAUAGCUUUACAUAGAUCAUAGCUGUCAAUUUCUGAUGGCUAUGCUUCCUCAAAAGAUAAAUCAACAACGGACUAAAGUUUCUUGCCAUAUUUAUAGAAUUAACUAGAAACUAAGAGAAUUAACUAAAAGAACAGAGAUCAUCUUUUCUAAAUUAUUAAUUAUUUUAAGUAUCAUCUUCAAAUUAUAACAUUAUUUAUUUCUGUAAUACUUAUACGUCUUAACAUAUUAACUAAAAUCUUUGCAAAAUAAUUUUAUAAAUUAAUAUAUGAUUCGUUCUAAUAAAUAUUAUAAAAUUAGUUCUAUAAGUAUCAUUAGUAGAAACUGAUAUACAGGAGAUUUGCAAAAUCGAUAUUUGUGAUGUGAACACUCAUGUAAAGCUACCAAAUACCUGUUUUAGUAAUUAUAAUUAUUUUGAAACAAUAUUUGUUUUCUGAUUGGAAUAUUUGUUGAUUGACGGACCAAAAUUUUGUGCCAACCAUUUUGUAAUCAAGGUGUAAAAUGUUAUUUAUUUAGUGAAUAUACUGGGUUAAAAUAUCCAGUGAAUUGUGAUACCUAAAAUAUAUAGUUAAUAAGGAGUUUUCAUUUACAAAUUUAUGUAAAAUAUUAUACCCUAAUAAUUAUUGUAAUAAUAAUUUUUAAUAUUAGUAUUAUUAGUUAAGUUGAUUUCUAUGGAUGACAAAAGAAAUGAUAACUUAUAUGUUAACUGUAUUAAACCCCAAAUACAGAUAUGAAUAAGAGCGAUUAUUAUUAUUAUGAUGAUGAUGAUUAUUAUUAGCAUGAUGAUCAUUUAUAAGAUAUAAAAGGCAAGUUAAAAAAACAUUAAACGGUGUGAAUCAUUCCUAUAUAUGUAUUAUUGCUAUUAUUCCUAUAUAACAAAUAAUUACAGAAACAAUAAAUUAAAUAACUAAACACUAUAUUCUUAUACAAAACUAUGGAUGAUAAUUUGAUAUUUCUAAACUUCAAAAAUUUAAAAAUUACUUGAAAUGAAAUUAAAAGGAACUCCAGAAAAUAAGAAUAACGCAGAUACAUGACAGAGUGGAGUUAGAUCUACGAAUAAAUAGAAAAAAAAUCCAAUAUAAUGCAACAAAGACCUGAAAAACUAAUGCUUCAAUGGAUAAAUUUCAAAGUUUAUAUUUUAUUGGGUUGACAAAUAAGUCCUUUUGGUUUUUCAGGAUGAAAUAAAACUCAAUGUAACAUAGAAAUAAAAUUAAUUUUAAUCUACAAUA